UUAUUAACUCCAGAGUCUUCUCCAAUUUACUAGUUUCCUUGUGGAUGGUCUGCUCGACUUGAGAAUAUUUUUCACUUGCUUCGACAAGAUUGUGUUAUCGGUGCUGGACAAGCAAUCAUUUGGUGCAUAUGAAUUGGUCACAGUCAUUACAGAAUCAGUUUAUUUUUCUCUCAUGCUCAUUUCAUAUCAUUUUUAGCUUCUCUUUUCUACGGAUUUCUACUCCUUCGAUGAUAUCUUUUAACAUUUUAGCGUCGCUGAAAAGCCCAGUAUUAAUAUCAGCUCUUCAAUGAGAGCACUUAUUGUCCAUCUUCAUAUGCUCCAGAGCACAAUCAAGACACCAAACUCUCCCACAUCACGAUAUCGUUACAGCCCUGUGUAAAACAGGUAUUUCCAAUCAAAUAGGUCACUCUGCUAUUCUUCUCAUAAAGGCCAUAUCUUCGUUGGUCAUUGUGCCUUCAAUCAGCUCUCUGAAUUCCUUCUUGUCCUGCUCAAUGCUCUCUGGUGUCACGUUUUGGCCGAUUUCUAUAUUUCACAGGCGUUUUAUUUUGUACUGCUUGCAAUAAUGUCUACGUAGGGUAUCAUUUUUGUAUAUUCUUACGUUUCUGUCUUCAUGGUCUCUAUCCCUGUACACUUUGCAGAGAAAACAUAGAACUUUUUCGGGCUCCAUUUUUAUUUUUAAGAGAAUUGGCAGAUGAGGAUAUGU